UGACACACUAGUUUUUGAUCGAUGACCGAGGCCACACACGCUGCACCUUGCGCAUAUUGCAUAAAGAACGCUCGCUGGUAUUUGCUUGCAGUCUUACACACGCCCGAGCGACUGAGGCAACUCCGACACCCGUGGCGCUUGCCGUGGACUUGAAAUCACAGAGAGCGUAGCAGCGAGCGUGAUGCUGCUGCAGGACGCGAAGCCGUCGGCUAGGACCCGAGCGGCGAAGCUCUGGGCGACGCUGUUCUACGGCCACGUCCACCGCCCGGAGGACCGCGACGCGGUGGUCAAAGGCGACACGAUGCUCGCGCGCUGCUACCGCGCGUCGCCCUGGGCCUACGCGCUGCUGGGAAGCACGAUGGUCGCGCUCUCGGCGCGGCUGCGGGCCCGGGACCCGGGUUACAAUUGGCAGGUCUUGGGAAUGGCACUUGUCGUCGAGAGCGCCGUAUCAUAUCUGUCGGACGUGCGCGCUUUUGGUGAUGCCUCUAGUCCGUGGCACGCCACAGAUCGCAUGCUGGCCAGCGCAUUGAUGCUAGCCUGCGGACCGCUCCUAGCGCUCCGGCUCGCGAUCGGAAGUGUCACGAUUCCCCGGACACUUAGGAACGCGUGGGCGCUCGCCGUGACCCUCGGCCUGGCCUGCAAGGCCCUCUCGGGCCGCGCGUCGCGGAAGGGUUGCCUGGACGCGUACCUUAUGUGGCACACGCUCUGGCACUUCCUGCCGGUGCUGUCGUCCGUAUUCCUGAUCGCGUGGGCGAUGGACUGGGAGGAGGAGGUUGUCCCUCUGGCGGCCCAAUACUAGUGUCGUAUAUAAUGUCUUUGUGUAUA